AUGGAUUCUCCCCACCGUGAUUGUCAUUGCCCGCACUGUUCCACCGGUUCCAGCAAACGCACCCAAAGCCAACAACCAGUGCCUCAUCCAGGGGAACAAACGGUCAAGGUCCUCAAAUUCUCCGCCCGCGACGUCUUCCCUGUCAUCAGAGUCUUGGAUGCUCCUGUGCGUCUCGCGUCCAGAAUGGCCAAGAGCAUGAAUCCAUUUCCCAUCCGCCUCGAGAGGAAUGUUGCCGCCCCGCCGUAUGAGAGAGGGUGGACCUACGUCGAGCGCAGAAACGGUCAGCUCUGUGUGGUGAGAAAUCGGAAGGACGUCUUUCGCCUCCAUCGGCCGUCGAAGAAGAAGAGAGCCCCGCCACCUCCGAGAGACACGGGGCGAGAACCAGAGAGACACGUGAUUAUUGUACACGACGAGGAUUUGGAUGUCAUCAAUCGCCAUCACCGUGUCCGUCCGGAAGGAGACAGGCUGUUCGUGGAGGUAAUUCAGGAAAGAGAUGGGCGAGGAGACCCGGGCGACCACGGCAAUUCAGCCGCUCGACCGCGCCCGAGAAUCGAGGUCCGCAGACCUCUCAACGCGACACCGCCCUCGUCUCCAAUCUUCGAAGCGCACCACGGCGAAUCUUUCCCCUUUCGAAUCGUGCACAAAAUUCCCGUGGACCGAGCUCGCCUUCGUCGUGUCAGGCCUGUCCAAGUCAUCCACGACCCUCUCCAAUGUCCUCCGCCCAACGAUGCCAAUGACGACGACUGCUACGAGGAACUCUUCGAUCCGGUCGACCUACCCGCCCGGGAGCCCCGACCCUAUCACAUCCCGGAACCCGAGAACUCUGUGUGGGAUGAGGGCAUGAAUGCAUGGGUUGUCCGACGCUCGCCGAAAGUGAGAUUUUCCUGA